AUGGCGACCGAUACGUCCACCUACAAGCUGAAUCAUACCAUGAUUCGCGUCAAGGACCCGAAGAAAUCACUUGAAUUCUACGGAUUCCUCGGCCUCUCGCAAAUCAACAAGCUCGAUUUCGAAGAAGCAAAGUUCUCACUGUACUUCCUCGCUUACAACGGGCCUAAUUCGCUGUCUGGCGAGCGCCAUUGGACGGAUAGAAACGGGGUUCUGGAGCUCACCCAUAACUAUGGGACGGAAAAUGACCCGAACUACACCGUUGCGAAUGGAAAUACCGAACCGCAUCGUGGGUUUGGACAUAUUGCCAUCUCGGUGGAUAAUAUCGAAUUGGCCUGCAAGAGGUUGGAAGAUGCAGGGUUUCCGUUCCAGAAGAAGCUGACGGAGGGGAGGAUGAGGCACAUUGCAUUUGUCAAGGAUCCAGAUGGGUAUUGGGUGGAGCUGAUCAGACGGACAGACGAAAGCGUUGCUGCGGGUGUUACAAGCACGGACCCAAAGUCAUACCGACUGAACCACACGAUGCUCAGAGUGAAGGAUGCCGAGGUCAGCUUGAGAUUUUACCAGGAGACCAUGGGGAUGGAGCUGGUGAAAGAGAGUCAAAACGAGUCUGCGAAAUUCAAUCUCUACUUUCUGGGGUAUCCGGGAUCCAAUCCACCAGUGAAGAAGGACGCGUCGAACCCAGUGGCGGAAUGGGAGGGCUUGCUGGAGCUCACCUGGAAUUACGGGACGGAGAAACAGGAAGGACGGGUUUACCAUGAUGGCAAUUCCGAGCCGCAAGGAUUCGGGCAUAUUUGUAUCUCCGUUGACGAUCUUGACGCGGCAUGCGCUCGCUUUGAGUCUUUAAAUGUGACCUGGAAGAAACGCCUGACAGAUGGACGAAUGAAGAACGUUGCGUUUAUCCUCGAUCCGGACGGAUACUGGAUCGAGGUCAUCCAGAACGAAACUCUAAAGAGCCGAAGCAAGUGGUAG